CCAUAAGUCAAAGCAUUGUCAUCGCAACGGCUGCGACUUGGCCUGAACUCUGUCAGUCAGUCAGUCGAGCGGUGCGUUGCUCAUUGAAAAGAUCUCCCAACUCCUCCUCCGGUUGGUGCUACAAAAAAAUACCCUACGAGAAAAUCUCAAUAAAACACCGCACUUACGCCAACGAUUCAAUUAAACUGGAAAUUCGUGUGUUUGUUAUUUUUCCGCUGAUUCACUUCACUUUGCGCCGGAAGUUUUCCACCAUUUUGCCACAAGCCUCCCUCCGCUGGCCGUCGCGUGUGCGGCUAUUAGUUUGAAUGUGCACCUGAUUUUAUCGGCCAACCGAGCCCACCCACUAGAAUCCGGCUAAGUUGGCUUACGUUAACCGCGCGAAUCAAAUAAAUUUGAGCCACAAUUAACCAGUGCUGUCAUUUGUCCGCCGAUGCCUCAAUGGAGAAGAACUGGCAUUUGACAUUUUUGGCAUUUAUUUGUGGCAGUAGUGCGCGUGUGAACUUCAAUUUGUGUCUCGACCCAAUUAAACAAAACUAAACAAAUAAAAUUAACAGAAAUAUUUUAAUUAUAUCAGCUGAUGGCAGUCGCAGAAAAAAGCUUUCACUGCACAACCGCCAAACCCGUUUUCAUAUUUUAAACUUCGGCACAAAACCCACAGCCAUACAGCCAUAGCCCCUGCUGGUCGGGGUCAGGAUUGUUGCUGCUUUUACUAUAAGGGACAUAAUAAGAUAUAUAGUAAAGCGACACAGAGCCGCAUCGCAUUCGGUAACUUGUUUAUUUCAAAAUUAUAUAUAACAAACGAAGAAAACGAGGAAAAAAGCCCCAAAACGGGUAUCUUAUAAAUAGUGCGCUUUGUUUCGGCAUCCAACAACACCAGAAACAACAUUAUCGACAAGAGCAACACCUCAACCACCUCACCUCACCUGCCCGAAAAUAACAAUAAAAUCAACCAGAAGAGCGGCUCUCAAUCUGUUUUGGCGUAGGUCAGGCCGGAGCUUUGGCUUUGGAUAAAAAAUUCCACUUUUAUAUACAUACCUACCAGUUGCCGGCUUUUUGAGGCACCACCGGAGGCCGAGAAUCCCAUCGAUGGGUAGCAUCUUCCUCUCGUAGAUUGGACCACUCGGAGGAAAAUUUGAAAAUAUGCUUCACUGGUCGCUGAUCGUCAGCGCCCUGGGCGUCUGUGUGGCCGCCUUGGGUGGCUACGCGGGUUGGAUUCUCUUUCCCAACAUGGUACACAAAAAGGUCGAACAGAGCGUCAUCAUAGCCGAUGGCUCUGAGCAGUAUAAGCGUUUUGUAAACCUGCCUCAACCUUUGAACUUUAAAGUUUAUAUAUUUAAUGUCACAAAUCCGGACAGGAUACAACAAGGUGCCAUACCCAUAGUCGAGGAAAUAGGACCCUAUGUCUACAAGCAGUACCGUCAGAAGAAGGUAAAGCAUUUCUCGAGGGAUGGAUCCAAAAUCACUUAUGUGCAGAAUGUUCACUUUGAUUUUGAUGCCGAUGCCUCAGCUCCUUACACCCAAAAUGAUCGAAUAGUGGCUCUCAAUAUGCACAUGAACGCAUUUUUACAAGUAUUCGAAAGAGAAAUCACAGACAUCUUUCAGGGGUUCGCCAAUCGGCUGAACUCCCGAUUGAAUCGAACUCCUGGCGUCAGAGUCCUGAAACGUCUGAUGGAACGUAUUCGAGGGAAACGUAAAAGCGUCCUGCAAAUCUCGGAGAACGAUCCUGGAUUGGCUUUGCUUUUGGUCCACUUGAAUGCCAAUCUCAAGGCGGUUUUCAACGAUCCUCGCUCCAUGUUCGUCCACACUUCUGUGAGGGAGUAUCUCUUUGAUGGAGUCAGGUUCUGCAUCAAUCCCCAGGGUAUUGCCAAGGCCAUUUGCAAUCAGAUCAAGGAGAGCGGCUCCAAGACCAUUCGAGAGCAGAGUGAUGGCAGUCUGGCUUUCUCCUUUUUUGGACAUAAAAAUGGUUCCGGUCACGAUGUCUACGAAGUCCAUACUGGGAAAGGCGAUGCCAUGAGGGUGCUGGAGAUCCAGAAACUGGACGACAACCACAACCUCCAGGUGUGGCUAAAUGCCAGCACCGAAGGAGAGACCUCUGUCUGCAAUCAGAUCAACGGAACUGAUGCCUCCGCCUAUCCGCCAUUCCGACAGAGGGGGGACUCCAUGUAUAUAUUCAGCGCCGAUAUCUGCAGAUCGGUUCAGCUAUUCUACCAGUCGGAUAUACAGUACCAGGGUAUUCCCGGCUAUCGCUACUCCAUCGGGGAGAACUUCAUCAACGACAUUGGUCCGGAGCACGACAACGAGUGCUUCUGUGUCGACAAGCUGGCAAAUGUGAUUAAGCGGAAAAAUGGAUGUCUAUAUGCCGGAGCCUUGGAUCUGACAACCUGCCUAGAUGCCCCUGUUAUUUUGACAUUGCCUCACAUGCUGGGCGCCUCGAACGAGUACAGAAAGAUGAUCCGAGGCCUCAAGCCAGAUGCCAAAAAGCACCAGACCUUUGUCGAUGUCCAGUCGUUGACGGGUACGCCCUUGCAAGGUGGCAAAAGGGUCCAGUUCAACAUGUUCCUCAAGAGCAUCAAUCGGAUAUCCAUCACCGAGAACCUGACCACAGUUCUGAUGCCAGCCAUUUGGGUGGAAGAGGGCAUCCAACUAAACGGUGAAAUGGUGGCCUUCUUCAAGAAAAAAUUAAUUAACACCCUAAAGACCCUGAAUAUGGUCCACUGGGCGGCCUUGUGCGGAGGUGUGGGCGUGGCAGUCAUAAGCUUAUUAUAUUAUAUCUAUCAAAAGGGGCGUGUCGAGGAGCCGCCCGUGAAGUAAGAUACUAAAAUCGUAUUUCUUAUUGAGUGUUUUGUGUAAAAAUUAUUACACUAAUUAUGGAUGUAACACACGCAGUUUUUGUCUACGAAUUUGUAUAUAAUUUAUUUUUUAAAUGUGAUUAUAUUUUAUUGUGAUUUAGCG